AUGGCUUCGUCGCCAUCGCCCUCCCCCGCCUCGCGAGGCCCAUCUCCCGAGCGAUUGACCCCCCGAUCCAAGAUCAAAGCCCUGCUCGCGACGGUGGGAAGCAGUGAUGACGAGGACGGGCUGGUAUCGUUGGCUCGAAGGGAGGGAAGCAGCUCUCGCCGAUGCACACCAAAAGCACAUGCCCAGGAUGAUUCGGAGGAAUCCGACGUCACCCUUCGGCCUAGAGGGAAGCUCGCGUCCCGAAUGCGAAGGAACUCGGCAGCCAAAGAUUCCAAUUCCAUGGAGCCUGCGGCCGAGAAAGCGGCAAGGCGUGUCGAAGAAUUUCGGGAACGUGAGCAAGCGGAGGCCGAACCCGAGGCAAGCGGUGGUGAGGCGGCAGACAUUGACGAUGACGACGACGAACUACCCGUCGCUCCUAGACGUUUGAAGCGACGGGCCACUCGGCAGUCCACACCAGGCGUCACGGAGAGGUCUGCCACUCGCUCUCCGAGUCCCGGACUCUUCGUUUCGUCUCCAGUGCGGCCUUGUCCGGAAACGAGCAUCGAGCAGGGAUCCGACUCCGACGCUGAACUGCCAGCCCUCAAGUCCGAUCGCUUCAGGGCCCUUGUCGAACGCAAGAAACAAGAACGUCUGGCGCGUGAAGCAGCCGAUGAAGCCCUGAAAGCCGAGAAACGAGCGCGACAGGAGAACCUUGCCUCAGAACUCGAACAGCUGGAAUCGGACGACUCUGGCAUCACCGACGACGAAGCCGGACGCAAGCUGACGCAAGGGGAUCGACCGUCACGAAAGGCCAGCAAGAAGGCCAUGGAAGAUAUUAAUCGGGAGACGCAGCGUAUGGCGAGAAACAUGCAGCUCACCCACGAGGCGCGAACGAGGAAGAAGAUCACCAAGGCCAGCCUAUUUGCAAAGUUCAACUUUCGGCCUGCCAGCAUCGCACCGGAACCCAAGAAGCACAGUUCCAGCCGGCCAUCCUCACCAGUUUCCGACGUGGACAUGAAGGAUGUCGAAACGCCGCCAAGCUCCCCGCCCGCCGCGAAAGCUACGAGGCAUUCGCCAGCUGAGCAUGCCACCGAUGCCAAAGAGCAUAACUCUGACGAGGGGCUUCCCUGCCCAGAUGAUGUCGUGAACUCGUCACAGCCUUCGGACAAAGUGAAGGGCAAGAGCAAGGACACGGCUCCAUCCAUCGACCUUGACAAGCCUGCCACGAAACCCCAGCGGCGCGUUCGCGUUCAAUUAUGCAUGGUGAAUGCGAACAACAAGGUUACCACUGUCAGCUCUGACGAAGACCUUCUGGUUACUCGGACUACCAAAGAAAGGACCAACGCCGUCUUCGACCGCAUUCCGGCCAACGUGGACAGAGAAUCGCGCUCUUUGAAAGCCCUUCGAGCUCUGGCCCAAGUCAAAUCGCCAGGGAAAAGCAGCCGUCGCGGUGAUGACCACGCAACCAUGACUUCAGGCGAGCUUCAAGCCCAGCUCUAUCUGAAGGCCAGACAGCAGGCUAAGCUUGAGCGCGAGAACCGGCUUGAUUUGCUCAAGGCUCAAGGAAUCAUUGUCCCGACUGCCGACGAGCGCGAACGCCAGGAGCAAGAAGUAGAAGACCUCGUUGCCAAGGCCAGAAAGGAGGCUGAGCAAAUCAUGCAACAAGAGCGGGCCGACGCCAAGAAGGACGGGCAGGCCAAGGGCGAGGUAGACCCUCUAGCUUGGGACGACAGCGAAGAGGAUGAAGAGUACCAGGACUCGACCAACGAAGCGGAUGUUGAGGAGUCUGCCAUUGAACUCUCUGGUUCCGACGAAAGCGAGGAUGAGGCCGAGGACGAGGAAGAGGCAACGGUGGAUGAUGUUAAAGUGCUUUUUGACGAGGACGCCGAUUCGGUAUGCUCCGAGGCCGAGCCGCAAACCAACCACGACAGCAAGGAGGAUUCUGGCGGCGAUGAUGACGGUGAGCUCCCUGCUCUCAAACAAAGACGGCCUCGCAACCACACUGCCAUCCUCUCCGACGACGAAGCGGAGGUUGAGGCAACGCCGCGACCCCCGAGAACGGUUUCCCACACGACCCCUGGAGCACCCAAAACGGUCUCACCGGCCGUUCCCACCUCGGUUCUUCGCUCAGCCAGGAAGACAUUUAUUCCUGGGCUACCUGUUCAAGGUGCCGCAGGUCUCGGCCUGACGCAAAUAUUUGCCGGAACUAUGGAUGACAGUCAACCUGGCUCCUUCUUGGCACCGACUCAGUCCAUGAUGCCCGACUUUGACCAUUUCCCCGACUCCAACUUCUCGGCUACCGCGAACGAAGGUGGGGAAGACGUUAUCAUGAAUUCGCAAUGGGAUAUGACCCAAGGCGCGACACAAGCGCAAGAGAGCCGCUCAGUGCCGUCACCGUCUCAAAGGUGCGGCGUUGAUGGCAUGACUCCUGGCGACGCCAAUACACAAACAACCGAGAUGAUGGACCUUUCCCAAGACGGUGGACUGGCGACGCAUACUCCCAUCAGGGACAGAUUUGUCGAACCUCCGAUUUCUACGGUUGAAACUGUAGCCGCUGAUCAGAACGGCGACGCAACUCACGAAUCGCCGCUUGUUCGCCGGGGACGACUCCGUCAAAAGAUGGCGAUGCUAGAGGUCGAGGAAACCACCUCUGCUGUUGCCGACAAGGCUGCGGAUAACGCCUUCGGCGUCAUGGCGGAGCACGCAAGGAAGGGGAAAGGAAAGCGGCUCGUCGACAACUUUGAUCGGAAAAAGACCAAAGCCAAGGAAAUGGUGGAGGAACAGGCCGACGAAUCCGAAGACGAGUACGCCGGUCUUGGCGGUGCCGAUGGCGAGGACAGUGACAAUGAGUCGGAGGGGUCGGUGCAAGAAAUCAUCGACGACGAAGCCGGCAACGACGUUGAUGAAGGCAAGCUGGCAGCCUUUUAUGCAAGUGACCGGGCGCGAGCCAGCGAUGAAAAGGAGGUGGAAAAGCUAUUCAAGGACAUUACAACGGGUAUGCUGCGUCGCAAGCGCGGCGCAGACUACGACCUCUCCGACUCGGACGACGGCGGCGAGGCGCGCAGGAGAAUGAAGCGUCGGCAGUUUGCCAAGAUGCAAAAGGCCCUAUUCUCCGAUGAGCGCGUCAAGAAGAUGGCCGAAAACCCGGGCAACCAGGCCUUCCUCCGCACCAUCGAGGACCACGGCAGCGACGACGACAUGGACAUGCUCCACGUCGUGGACGGAAACGUGGAUCAGCCACAGUCGCAGGAUGAUACUUCGUCGCAGCCGUCACGGGUGACGACGACGAUUCCUGACAGCCAGCCUACCGAGCACCGGGCUCUCGCCGCUUCCGGAGCGAACAGCAGACCCGCGGCGCACAUGCGACGCACCAAGGAUGGGAGGAAGCCGUCGAAUAUUGGCGAGGUGCGCGAGACGCUCUCCAACCUCCUCGAAGAGCGCGAGGGGUCCAUCGUUCCGGCAACACAGGCUGGAUCCGACAGCGAGAGCGAGGGUGAGGCUCUCCGCAGCGACAAGGAAAACACGACAGCAAGGGCCAAGUCCUCCGAGGCUGUGGUGGACCGCAUAAGGCUCAAGCGCAACGGCUCGUCGGCCUCGUCGGCGUCAGGGUCGCGCCUCGCUUUUGCCGCCAGCGCAAGCAGCUCGUCGUUCAAGGUCCCCGCGCUGCUUCGACGGGCGACGACCAACUCGUCGCUCAUGUCCGGGUCCGGCAACAGCAGCGGCAGCAACAGCCCGUCGACGGCAGGAACUACCACGGCUGGCGGCUUCGGCGACGAGGCCAAGAUCAAGAAGGGCGCUGGGAAGAAGAGCGGCAUCGGCGGUUUCCACCGCGAGACGGAGCAGCGGGCGAUGAUGAAGGAGAGCGAGCGAAGGAGAGAGCAGAAGAAGGUCAAGGGGGCAGUGAAGAGGGUCGGCAUGGUCGGGGGGCUGCUGGGCAGGGGGUCUUUCGAGUGA